AUGAACGCUUUUGAUCCUCGAAAUUAUCAGAUUGUAUUCGAAGAAGCCAUCAAAUGUUCUCAGUUUCGAAGAGUGUUUCAACAAUUCCUAGAGAAACAUCACAACCAGGAAAGUAUUCUAUUCAUCAACAAGGUGAUUGAAUACACUGAAGAGUAUAAGAAGAUUGCAGGAAUUUCAGCUGAUAACUUCUCUUUAAUGAUGUUGAAGGAAACUCAACAAUUGGAAACUGAUGUAGCUCGUAGAGUUAGUGUACAAAAGAUUGUUAGACGAAACUUGGAUUCUCUGCAGGAAAAGAUGAAUGCAAUAGUAAAGACUUUUCUUCAAGUUGGAGGAGAACAAGAAUUAAAUAUUGGCCCUCAUCAACGAUCCUCUCUCAAGCUAUGGAAAGAAACUAGUGAGAAGCUUAACAAUGAAACAUUUAGUUUCGAUUCUCAGGAAAUAUUGGAUGAGCUACAUCCUGGAAAGCUUUUAGGAUCAAUCAUUCUGGUAAUUCUGGUGGAUUUGGGAAUGGGACACUUUACCAAAUUCUCUCGUUCAGAUCAAUUUCAUUAUUUCCUCCACAAGAUGGGAAUCGAAUAUACCAGAAAGAUUGGAAUUGAUAUUUCGAAAGGUUACAAAGUCGAUCUCAGAUUCAAACCUCACGAUUUGAAAUCCCCAAUCGUUACAGAUGACCACAUUUAUUUUGGGAUCACACUUGCUCAGGAUACUCCAGAUUGGAAGGUUGUGUACGAAAAAAAUAAUUUGACAGUUACUACGUCAAGAACUGGUUAUGUUUUCAAUUCUGACCAAUUGAAAGGAUUCAAACUUUGUAAAUUAGCUAUUGAUCUACCUUACAAUUUAGAAGAUGUUUGGGGAAUGUGGACAAAUCCAGUCAAUCACCAACAUUUCGAACCCAUGUUUUGUAAUGCUCUCAAAUAUCUUGAUUAUAUUGAACCUAAUCAAGAUUUCCAUGGAAUGACGUGUCCAUAUGGAAUUAAGAUUAUGACCACCACCUUUGAUACUAAAAUUCCACUAUUGAAAAAGAGAUUUGUUGAAUCAUCUGUCACUUGCAUUAAGGAUGCUGGUUUUGACAUGUAUAUGAUAUUGCUACAUAGUGCUCAAUUUCCAAAGGGUGUUACGAGUCCUCCUCCUAAUUCAUUAAUAAUUGAUGGCUUGUGUUAUUAUAUAAUGAUGAGAGUUAACGACAAUACCACUCGUUUCAUGAAUAUCAUGUACACUGACUUUCAAUUACCUUUACAAAAUUUGACUGUGGGGCAGUUUUGUAAAAUGAGAGGUAAAACAAUGGCCAAGGGAUUGAAUUUCAUCUUGGAUAAGUUGACUGAUGGAGGUAAACAUCCAGUAGAUACUUCUAACAAUGAUGAUAGAGGUGUUUCUCAACGUAUUGUAAAUGAUAACAUGAAAUCUUUUCCAAAUAGAUCUUGGUUUAUGGAGUGGAAAGAAUCUCAAUCCAAAUAUAAUUCUUCCCAAUUGGAAGAAUAA